UUGGCCAAAAGAAAUAAUGAUAUAGGUAAAAAUACAAUGGUUGUCCGACCCGACCUCACUUCAUUUUCAGGAUGAUUCAGACAAAUUUCAUUUUUCAACUAUGAAAAAAUUAAUAUUAAAUAGCUCAUAAGCUCAAAAACUACAUAAGUUGAAAAGUAAAGUAAGAGCCAAAAAAUGUUGAUUUGAAAUUUGAAAAACAUUGGAUUUCACCUCAUUUGCCAGUAUUAAGUGUACUUAUGUAAUGUUUUGAGUGUUUAUUAGUAGAAUAGAAACGAAUACAAUUAGUCAAUUAUACUAAUGUCUAAUACUAAUACCAAACUUCCCAGAAUCCAGCAGCAUAAUGCCUUAAUUGGUAAAAAAAAAAAAAAAAAAAAAACUGAAAACUGAAACCAAAAACUCGAAAAACCAAUUACAAGUAUGGAAAACUGAAAACCAAAAACCCAAAAACCAAAUAUAAAAAUUGAACAAAACCAAAAACCAAAAAACCAAUUACCAAAAGGUAAAAACUGAAACCAAACAAAAAACCAAAAAUUAAUUUUCAAUCAGUUUCAACCCCUGUCAUUUUUUAGUCGCAUGGUUGAAAAAUAUCAAUUUUUUGAUCGAACUUGAACCGGUUCAAAGUAUAUUUUCGCUUUCUAACUCGUAUCGUUAUUAUCAGGUUAUUAUCGAUGAAGUUUCUAAUAUUGAUAGUAUCUGUGUUAAAUUUUUCAAAAUAGUAAAUUUCCCAUCAUAUUUCCUUCGGAUGACGGUUUUUAAUUGCUUUAUUCACUGAAUCGAAUUUCAACCGAAAAAAUGCCCUCGACGCCGGCGAAAUUGAGUUCGUGGGCUGCCAGAUCGCUGUGUAUUCGAUUAGUAUACGAAUGGGCGAACAGCGACGACAUGCCAGUAAACGAUUUAAUUUGGAGGAAUGAUAAAAAUGGCCACGAUACUUGCGAAAAUCACGACUUGUUCAUUGAUCAAAUGUACGAAAUGCGAGUACCAUCGACGAUCAUCGUUCCACAUCUGAUUCGCGAUCAAAUCGACGAGAAUAUCGCUUCGAUCUUGGACCACGUUAAAGACUGGAUUCGGUAUCAUCAUUCGAAGCAUUUCUUCCACGACGAACCAUCGUCUCCUAUGAACGAAUAUCUGCUAGGGCUGGUUUGGAGCGAUGAUAAUCGUCGAAUUGAUUAUACAGCUUCGGCCAGGAGUAUGUUGACGAAUGAGAAUCUUACGACGAUGGAGAGGUUUCGAUUCGCUUGUACGUAUUGUUUCGUCGAAGAGAUUACAAAGUUAGGAGCUUUGGUUGAAAUCGAGACCACGUCGAGUUGGAGUUUCAAAGAUGAACCUUUCCUGGUGUACUGGAGCAAGUACUUGAAGAACGAACUCGAUACGGUGUGUUUACCAGAGAGUAUUUCGUCGAUCGACGUUUUGAUGUUGGAAAAAGCACUGAAGGAUUACGAUCUAUGGUCACCUAUCGAGUAUUUCUUCAGCAAGCUGGACACUGCAAGUAAAUUUCAUCAGUUCAACGCAGUUGCGAAUCAUUGUGGUGUAAAAUAUCGUUACGAAUUGCUUUCGAAGCUAGAUCACGAAGAAUGGAUGCUCGUUUAUCGUAAAUCAAUCGCUAGGAUCAUGUUGAGUUGCGCCGAAUCGGGUGAUUUCGAAGAAAUACGUCACCUAUGGAGACGAUUCAAAGAUACGAUGAAUUCGAAGAACUUCGCCAUCGUCGUUCGAGAACUGGUACCUUUGUCGAUGAAGAACAGUCGCAAUUUUAACGCUUUAACCCCUCUAUUGAUGGAGAUGUGGGCCAGUGCUCGAGAAGAAGUCAAGAAAUCAGCCAUCAAAGGCGAGCUGAUGAGACGUAUUGGCGAAAAAUGCGCCGAUCUGGUCGACGAUGACAGUAUCGGAUUCGAUUUCCAAUCACGUCUCGAGUACGCGGAUCCGUUGAGAGUAUUUCGAGCAUUGUUGGAAAGCUGCGAUCGUAAACAGACUGUGGAAUUUAUUCGGCUCAAUUUCCUUUGGCUGGUGUUAUGGCAACCUUUAGCCGAGCUGAAAGAAUUCUUCGUAGAGAUUCAGCUCGAUACCGAAUGUGUGUCGAUGUUGAAGAAGAACUGGAAAUACUCGUACAGAUUACGUCUGGCUUGCUGGACUCUGCUGCGUUAUGGCGAAUUCGAUGAAUUCGACGAGUUGGUUUGGUUUUGCUGGUACGACGAUAGUAUUAGUAUCGAUAUCGAUGAAAUAAAUACAGCUUCGAACGAAGCGAAAAACAGAGCUAUCGAUGCUGAAGUGUCGAAAUGCGUCGAAUUACGCGAGAAAUCUAUCGAAAUGCGUUACGAAACGGCGACUUUACGUGAUCGUUGUUUGAAACUGUUGGAGAAAAAAAUAGCUCUGUGCGAAGAAUGCGUAGCUCUGUAUAAAUCUUCGGUGGUGAAAUCUGCCUCAGGUUUGACAGCUCUGAGCUCGUAUUUGUGCACCUUGGAUUGGAGAAAAUUGCAGAGUUUCUUGUUGAAUUCGGUUUUUUCGACGGAUCAUUCGGAAGUCGAUUCGCUGAUGAUGGUAUUAUUCCGGACACGUUUCAUGGGAACGAAUUAUCUGGUGAGGAAAUUACGUCGAGCUGAAUUCGACGAUGUUAAAGAAUUCUUCGAUACUGUGAUGUCGAAGUAUUAUAAUGUUUUGUUGCUGAAAUACACGUGCUGCGAUACCCUGUUCAGAUGCUUGUUCAACGACUACGACGACGACGACGAUGAAUCUGCGGAGAAUUUGGUUUUUAAACCAGACGAUAUGCGAGAUUUUUUAAGCUGGUGUGCCAGAGAUGAUGGAGAAUCGUUGAUUGCGCACUUCAAACAGCGCCAUUUGUUUCCUAAUGCGUUCGUGGGGCAGUUGAAAGGAUGUGUAGAUGAGAACGGAUCGUUUAAAGCUAGCGAUUCCAUGGAGGAGUUUUUGGUAUGGUGUUUUCCUGCGCAGACGGAUAGAGGAGAGUUUAAACGGUAUUUGAUUCACAGAUAUCGCGAAUAUAAACCGAUAGAAGAGGUUUUAAGGCAGAGAAAAUAUCGUCAAAACGUGUUGAAUUGGUUUUUCGAUGGUGAUACCGAUUUGAUUGAAACGUUCAGAGCUAACGAGCUGAUGAGGUUGGCGGAUUGAGUUUUUUUUUCGAUAGUGUAGUAUUUUGUUGUUUUUUUUUCGAGGCAGUUUUUUUUAUUGGGGAUUUAUGCUUCCUUGUCCUACGAUCCUCUCUUUCUGUCUUAGAUGUAUUUUGCCAUGAUAUUUAUAAGUGAUUUGUACCUACUUGUCUGUGAUUUAUUGUACCUACUUCAAGUGCUCAAUGUGGCGAAUAGUUCGUAUACUUGGGUUAGAUAAUUUGUUGUAAUAGUUAUUUGGUGCAUGUGUUUGAAGAAAAAAAAAGGAAUUUUCAAUAGUUCGUUUUCUAGUCGUUUUGAGUUUUGUAAGGUGAUCUGCUCGUACUCGUAACAAGGCGAUCAUUUUUGUCUGUAAUUAGGAUUAUUAAUUUAUUAUUUUAGAUUUAAAUGAAUUAAUUCACAAUAAUAAUGUAUGUUUCGUUCAAAAUGCGUAUAAAAGUUUUUGAUCAUU